UGAAAACAACAAGCAAUGGUAGAUGUGUGAGGUUAUGCAAUGUGAUUAUAUACUUCGCGUGACGGUGGUGUUGAUGGAUAGUUUUGACAGCAUUGUCAGUGCCCAAAGUUUAUAGACAUUUGUUGUCUACGCUAGCUGGGUGGCAUACUGUUUUGAAAUGAGCUGACAACAUGGAAAAGGGGACAGUCGCGAAGGUGAUAAAUGACUUUCUCACGACGACUGCAGGAGAACUUUCACUGUGUAAAGGAGACAUUGUACAGAUUCUGGAGAAAAUAGAUCGUCACUGGUGUAAUGGUAUUGUUAAUGGUACAUGUGGAAAAGUGCCAUUGAACUACUUGAUAGAAGUGGACCCACCUGAUCUGCAAAAUGAUUAUGAACUCUUUGCCACAAUUGCUGAUUUUCCUGGACAACAACCUGGUGAUCUUUCAUUCAGGAAAGGUGAGCUGAUUAUUGGCAUAAAAAAGAUUGAUGAUAAUUGGUGGGAGGGAAGUAUUGGAAGUAGGAAGGGUAUGUUCCCUACAACAUACACAUGGAAGCUGGACUCAUCUUACAUAAAGGUGAAAUGUAAACCUAAAGUUUUAAAUAUGACAGCAAAAGUGAAGAUGAGUAUGAAAGCUCAGCUAGAGGAGGAGAUAGAUUUGUACGAAGGAGAAAUAUUGACUGUUACUGAAGUUAUUGAUAAGGACUGGUAUAGGGGUUGCUGCGGGGACAGAAUUGGAAUUUUUCCCGCAGCUUACGUCACUUUACUACAAGACUCCACUGAUGUGAUGGAUGGUGAACAUGCAAACAUUCAGAACCAAUCCCUUAUUGUUAAUAGUGCCACAUUUAAUUGCACGGAUAUUAGAAAGCCAGCUGUUAACACUCUUGGAGGGCAAUCAUCAAAUGAAGGAUCACAGAAUGAAUAUGUAACUAGCACAGAAUGUGUCAAAGCAGACCUAGACAACUUGGAUGUGAUGAACAUUUUAGAUGACGAUUAUUUUAGGAAAAAUAUGCCAUCUGUAUUUACCAGCAACAGUGCUCCAGUUACUCAUACGUAUAGUUCAGAAGUGUCAUCAACACGUGAUGUUCAACACAUGGAAGUUGAUAUUUGUCCUUAUGGUGUAACACUGUACCCCUUUUAUGCCCAAUUUGACAAUGAACUAAGUUUUCAUGAAGGUGAAAUAGUGAGUCUUGUCAGACAUGUGAGCAAAGAUUGGAUAGAAGGAAAAAUUGAUGGCAGAAAGGGGAUAUUUCCAUCCAGUUAUGUGAAUAUCAUUGUAGAUUGUCAGCCCCAGUCUGAAUUUUCAGUGAGUAAUGACAGAAGUGCACUUCAUGAAGUUGAAAAUGUGGAAGUGAGGAAGAAACAUGACAUACUUCCACCAAAUUCAUUUGCUGUGGUAUUGUUUAAUUUUGAUGCACAGAUGGAUAGUGAUCUGACUGUAAAGCAAGGUGAAGUUGUUUGUGUUCUUCAGCAACCUAAUCAAGACUGGUGUGAAGUAAAAAAUUGUUAUGGAAGUUCAGGCCUUUGCCCACGUACUUAUUUAGCGUCAUACACAGUGCCAAAUAAAUUCACAGAUGGCAGUAAUCGUAGAUUGUCAGUUGCAGGUGAUGCUGGCUUCAGAAAAAACUUAACUGAUGUGCCAUUUCCUGACAAAACAGACUUAAAUAAGAGGAGAACACUUGAAAGUUUUGGUUAUCAUGAUAAGUGGAAGAAUAACAGCAUUGAUGAUCUAAUUUCCAAAAAUCUGGAAACUCUUCAGAAUUCAUACACAUGGAGUUCAAAAAUGAAUUAUAGUAAUAGAAGUGUUGCAGAUUCUGAGUGCCCGACAACUGAGAAUAUUGUAGUAGCUCAGGAUGAGGCCAUAAGGCACAGUCCAGUGUAUUUAGCUGAAGAACCAUCAGAAACGCAAACUACCAUGCUCCAAGAGCAAAGCGAUUCUCGAUUUGAUGCAAGAAGAGAAGUUACUUGGAACACGUACAAUGAUGUUUUCAAAAGAGGACAUUUCAGUACAAAAUGUGUAAACAAUGAGUGCCGUGUAUCACCUGUGCUGAAGAGGCAAGCUUCUGACAGAGUGCCCCACAGGCCAGCUCCACCAGUGCCACUGCCUGGCCACAAACCUGUCCAUCGUUCAAUAAGAAAACCAAACAAGAAAAGUGUCCAUCUUGGUAAACUGGGAUCUCUCAUCAGUGCAAAAGAAAAACAACUACAUGAAAUAAAGAAAGAAAAAAAGGAAAUUGAAAACAAGCUCAGCAACAAUCCACACGAGAAUGAAGACAGUGUGCAAGAAAUGAAAUACAGGAUAAGGGAGUGUGAAGAAAAGAUUCUCUUCAUUGAAGCUGAUUUAAAUCGUAUACAAGGAAAUGGGUCACAAAAUAGUGUGGAUGAUUUGAACAAACAAGACUGUGUGCUGCAGCAGAAACCACCUAGUGAUGUAAACUCCAGUGGCCAGGAAAUGAAUACUAACCUUGAAGUUAUGCAGACUACAUCUGUUACAGAAGAGGACCUAAGGAAGAAGAAACAGGAACAGAGACAAAAUGUAAUAUCAGAACUUGUCUUCACAGAGAAAGAAUUUGUCCGUGACCUGAAAAUUACCUAUGAAACUUUCAAUCUGCACAACCCUGAAUUUCUUGAGAACAGGGGCAUUAAUGUUGAAAUUGUUUUUGGGAACAUACUGGAUGUAAUGCAUCUGGCUGAAGACUUGCUGGACAAACUUCAGCUGGCAAUGAAGGGUAAAAAUGACGAUGAGCAGUGUGUUGGCCCAUGCUUUUUAGAGCUCGCUGAAAGAAUGAAGACAGUGUAUGGUCAGUACUGCAUGAACCAUGAUGAAGCUCUUCUGUUACUAGAAAAGUAUGAAUCAGAUGAAGGUAUACAGAAGAUCUUUAACAAAGGCUUGGAGACACUACGAUACCAAAUUGCAUGUUUUGAUAUGGGAUCAAUUCUGAUCAAACCUGUUCAGAGGAUAUUGAAGUAUCCUCUUAUUCUCAAUGAACUUAUAAAGUGCACAGAGGAUGAUCACAAGGACAAACCUGCUCUCCUGGAUGCUGUAAGAACAAUAACAGAUGUGGCAACAUACAUCAAUGAAUACAAGAGGAGGAAAGAUAUUGUGCUGAAAUAUCUGGAAGAUGGCAAUUCUACCAUAUCACAAAAGAUGGCCAGAUUAUCUUUACAUUCAGUAGCAAAGAAGUCUUCACGAUUGGGAGCAAUGUUUACAUCAAGCUUAGGACUCAGCUCUGCGACAAAAGAUCCUAUUUUUCAAGAAUAUGAAACACAAUUCCAUCUACUGGAAAAAACUAUUCGACUGUUUAUGAAAAAUGUAGAGAUUUUUAUGAAUCAUAUUCAUGAAAUGGUAACAGCCCAUAGCAAUUUGGGUGAAUCAGUAAGUUACUUCUAUCAAGAAAGACAUUCAGAAGUUGAAGACUUCAGCCGAAUUCAAAGGCUUAUAAGUCGGCAGUUCUGGAAGGAGUUUGAAAGUAUGAUACAAAGACAAAUAUUUAUGCCCCUCAGUUCACUCUUGGAAUUAUUCGAAGGACCAUCAAUAUUGAUACAGAAGUGCAAUGAUAAGUUUCUUGACUAUGCAGCAUGUUCAGCAAAGGCUGAAAAAUAUAAAGACUCACGAUUGGUGCAAGAAGAACUGUUGGCAGCAAAAAACAAUUAUGAAGCAUUAAACUCACAUCUACUUGAUGAACUCCCAACCUUAAUUAGGACUGCUUUAGAUCUCUUUCUGGAAUGCUUAACAGCAUUUGUAACAGCAAGAAAGUUGUUUUCAGGAAAGAUUACAAAACAGUACCUUUCUUUGAUGGACCUUCCUCUAAUGCAGUCUGCUCAAGCUGAUGCUUUGGAAAACUUUGCUGUUAAACAUAGCCUUGUCCUAAAUCAACUGGCACGUUUAACAUGUCUCAUGAAGAAUACAAGACUGGAUGUAACUGUGAAAAAGCCUGCAAAAUCAUCUCCUACACCAUCACCAAGAGUGUCCCAUGUGGAAGCAUCUGAUCAGGUUGCUUUGACUCAGAGUGACAGUCAGAAGACAUAUCUGAAAAAUCGUUAUGGAGUUGAUACACUAUUUUAUACAACCAAAUCAUACACAAGUAUACAGCCAUUAGAAUUGUCAGUUUCCACUGGGCAUUUAGUAGCAGUUAUAAAGAAACAAAAUCCCAUGGGAGAUAGUUCAGUGUGGUUUGUAGAUGAUGGAGCCAAUCAAGGUUUUCUUCCAAGUAGCAUCUUAAUUCCAAACAGAGGUGAAUCGCCAGUUAUGGAUACAGAACCAGGUACAAAAUCAAAACGAAGUCAGCAACAAGACAUCACUGAUUCAACUAAACAGUUUCCGUCUCCACCAUCAUAUAAUGAUGCCUUGGCUACAUCCAUACAGAUCCCUAAGCAGUCUGAUAUUACAAACAGUCAGACUCCUGUCCUAGAAGCUGAAGAUCUCAAAGAAGAGAACUAUGAAGAAAUUUCUGAUCAGAGUCAGCAGCAUCUGUAUUCAGAGCUUGUAUUUGAGCCAGACCAGAGAACAAGAGAGUUCUACUAUGCUGUCUACAGCUUUGAAGGCCAGGGACCUACUACAUUGGCUAUAAAGGCUGGGCAAGUUGUUAGUGUUCUCCAACAUGAAGAUGCCCAAGGAAAUUCCGAAUGGUGGCUAGUAGUUGACAGGUUUGGGAACAAGGGAUAUGUACCAGCAAAUUACCUUGCUAAAUACGAUGAUUACAGUAAUUAAAUUUUGUAUGAUGACAGCAGUCAGUUUCUUUCUGUAUACUGUAUUCAUUUUGUUAAUUAUGUGCAGACUGUAGUCUGUGUGAAACACUGCAACUGUUUUUGUAAGUGCCAAAGCCAAACAGACUAUGUGCAGCUAAGAACCACAUAUCAUUUCAUUAUUGUAUGCAUUUAACUGACCAGAAUAUUCAGUUAUUAAUAAUUUUAACUGCUCAUUUUGUGUGCUUCUGUGGUUUCAGCUAUAUCACAAUUCUCUGCUUUUGUAAUAAUGUUGUAUUUUAAUGCGCUGAAUGCAUGUAAUGUUUUUUGGAGCAAAACCUAAUUAUUUUACUUUAUUUGAAUAGCAUCUGUUUGGGCAUAUGCUAUAAACUCUUAGUUGUUUUCUCCCAUACAAAUGAAGCCGUAUCUGUGAUAUUCUGCCUGCUAUGUAGUUUGGUGCUAACUAAGAGUGAAAGGAAAAUGUUUCCAUUCAAGAGUCACAAGAUUUUCUGGGCUGUACGUCUGCCAAUAAAGCUGUUAAUCAUUCAUCUGUAUAAAGUGCAUAGAGAGAGAGAGAGAGAGAGAGAGAGAGAGAGAGAAUAUGAAUGCAUGCCAUUACAUUGAUGUUUUGCCAGACUUUACAAGUGUAAGAUAUGAAAUAUUUGUUCCUGUACUGAUGGCAGCUUAAUAUUUUUGUAAGUGGUAAGAAUACUAGUGUGUGCAAUGUCUGGAAAAGAAGUGGGAAAAAGGCCCACUCACCAAUAAGACUCAGUAACGGAAAAAGAACUGUUUUUGGGCCUCAGAUCCUUGUGUAAUCUGCUGAUAGACACUCUAGGGGAAACAUAUGUGACCGAGAAUACCAUAAUUAUAUAGCAGUGGCAACAUAAUACAAGGAAAUAUGAACAAAUUGGUGCAGAAAAGGAACAGACUAUCAAGAUUACAAAUUUCCCAAGAGAGAAAUAUUGUGUGUUGUGGGACUUAAACCCAGACCAUUGCUUUUCAAGGGUGAUGCUCUUACACGCAGCCAUCCAUCCAAGAAUGAAUCAUUUCUGAUCUUCACAGCUUUAAUUAUGUAACACAAGAGAGUAGCAUUCCCUGCUGCCCAAGUAGAGAACUUGAGAAGGGGAGCUGCUGCUGAUGAUGAUGCAAUGUUCAUUUUUGAUCAGUUCGUGAUAAAAUUUCAAAUGCCAAUCUGAUACCUGCACAGGAAUGUUUACUGACAAAUUGGAACACUUCUGGCUGAGAUGAAGACCAGCUGGUCCCAACAUGUGAGUCAGCAGUAACUCUAAGGUACUGAAUUUGAGCAACUUAAAAGGGCAAAAGAUAAAUUAUUUUUGAAGUUAUAUGUCAUCCAGGCCUUUGUAUUUUUCAGGAUGGGUGGUGGUGGCACUGAAUUACAAAAUGACCAAAGUUUUAGUCUGACCUGGAGUGUUUUGGAAAGUGGUUAUAUCCAAUGAAUGACAGUUCUUGUACUUUUGAAAUGAGAACAGAAAAUACAAAGUACCUUGCUAACAGUCAAAUAAGUUGAUUCAAUAACAUAUUUGGACAUGUAACAAAUAUUAACUUUCAAAAUAUAUAAUAAAGACCUUUGUUGUUGUAUUUCAGUGGAUUAGCGCCAUAUUUUGUUUCAUUUCACAACACUGAGGAAAUGAAUUUGCACCUCUCAGAAAUUUUAUAUUAAAGUUUCUGGUGCAAGGCAGCUGGGUUUGUUAUACCAUCAUCUCCAGUCUCUUAUAGGCUGCAUUUGCAGCACAUGCAGUGCUUUUAAAAAUUGCAUUAUGAUUUUGCUACCUAGACAUUUAUAGGUCACUUGAGAAUCCUUGUGAUGCAUAGUAGCUACCAUGGGUUGGAGAUCUGAUUAAUUAAUUAAAGAAUUAAAUGCUGUUAGUAUUCAUUCCCUCCUCUUCCCUAAACAAAAAUUAUGGAUGCCAAGUCAAUUAAAUAUUUCUUCUUUCUUGCAAACACAAAAAAUACUGCCUUGGAGCAAUAUUUAUUAACAUCAGUAUUUUCCGUAGAAAUUGUAUAUUGUUUGUUCUGACAAAUUAACUUAUUCUAGCAGUAAUUCAGUUCCUUAUGUAAUCUUCAUUAGAAUGAUUUGCAUUUUAAAUGUGAUCUUACUUUUGUUAUUUUAAACAUACUGUACAGAAAUUAUAUUGUGAAUUAUAUUUGUUGUAGAGUAAUAUGUUGUAUAUAUUUUGUUGUAUGUGAACAAAUUUACCCACAUUUU